CCAAAAUCGUACCACCACUUUCCUCCAAUGGCGCUUCUCAAGUCUUAAAAAGUUCUCACCUUUGCAGAAUUUUUGCUUACCAGUUACCAAACUCUCAAGAACCCAUGAUCAGGAUUUCCCAUUUCCUGAUCUGGGUUUGAUUCGGGUUUCGAAAUUUCGGAGGAAAUGUUGGAUCUUGCGAUGUACCAGAAUCUGGGUUCUUCGCAAUUUCUGAUCUGCAGAAUGUUUCUCCAGCCUGACAUGGAAUCCAGAAGUUCGCUUCUCUCGAGGAGAAUCGCCGGCGCAGGAUCCUCUGCGACGAGGAAUCAAGCUCUUCACCUACCAAUGAGUCACCGGAAGAAUACAGUAGGGAUCAUUGCUGGAGUCUCUGUUUACUCUGCUCUCACUUUCUUAGAAAAGCUAGCUUGGAUGAGCUCGAGAGAAUCCGAAGAUUGCCCGCCGUUCCUUCUCAGCUACGAUCCAACAUUGAUUGGGCUGCGGCCCAAUUGUAGCAGUCCGGUGAUCGUCGACAACUUGCGUGGAAAGAGGAUGUUCUUGGAGCAAUCAGGAGUUCACUGCCUGGUUAUGCCAUGCCACGUGUCUCAUCAUUGGUACGGUGAGAUAUCAGAAGGAUGUCCCCUGCCUUUUUUCCAUUUCGGCAACUGUGUCGCCGGCGAGCUGAGGGAUGCUAAUUUGAAGCCGAUCGUCGGCGGGACUGCCGUCAGGAUUGGUGUGCUUGCCACGUAUGCAGUUCUUGAAGCUGGUUUUUACCAGGAGAUGUUGCAGAAACAGGGGUUUGAAGCUGUGGUGCCUGAUAAGGCGACAGUGAAUCACAUUUUGAUACCUGGGAUUGAAGCAUUGAGCAAGGGGGACAUGGAGGGAGCUCAGAUCUUGUUGAGAAUAGCAAUUCAGAUACUUCUGGUGAGGGGAGUGAACAUUGUAAUUCUUGCUUCUGAUGAGAUUCAAGGGAUUUUGCCGGAUAAGGAUCCUCUUCUCAAGAAGUGUAUGAUACCCGUGGAUGCCUUGGCAAGGGCAGUCUUGAGUUGGGCGAGAUUGAAAGGGCAGAUGCGCGCCGAUGAUCAUUCUAGCUACUAGUAAAAUGGGGUUCCUCCUGCUAUAUGAAUGAACAUAUAAACAUACACAAACCAUUUUGAUUCGACUGGUUGAUCACAGUUGGUACAGUCUGAUAA